UGGGGGCAAGCCACAAGGAAUUUUCACAGCUACAAGAUACAAAGAUACAGGAAGCCAGUGGAUACGUCACAUAUCGCAAAGAAAACCACAGCUAGAAUCAUAAAAACCAAGUUCCCGAAGAACAAACCCCAUAAACAUUGCCAGUUCCCCCGUUUGUUCCGCUUAUCGCAAUUGACGGCGUCCCCUUGCCCCCCUCCCUCGCUUUUUUCUGCGGGCUCCAAUAUUGAUUAAAGAACGGGAGGCAUGCGGUUGCCCCACCCAGUGCCCCCCACCCGCAUUGAGUCAUUUAAAUGAUCGUCUGAAAGCAGAGCACAAUUGGAGAACACAUGAAAACGCUCUCGACGCGAGCGCAACGACGAGCUGCUUGUCAGUCGAUGAUUAGCGCGCUCACAGGUCAGACAUCCCGCUCCCAGAUUAAGAACUCGGUCUUCCCCCCCAGAACUCGGUGAAAUUCGUAUCAACUUGGGAGUAGUUUACUCAGGGGGUAGAUAAGAAAUUGAUAUAAAUUUGAAGUCCGCUGCAGGGGACAUUUCAAUUGGCUCACGCAAAUCCAAGCAGCAACAUGCCUUCCGAUCAGGAUCCAACUCCGGAGCAGAUAAGCCAGGUUAAGAGUAGCAUUCUGCAGAAACUGGAGCAAGAGCCACCAGCAGAACCAUUCCAUCCCAACGACCUGAAGCGAAUUACGGACAGUGACCUUUGGAUCACCAAGCUGCUGCAGGUCUAUGACUUCGAUGUGGAGAAGUGCAUCACACGGCUGUGGUCCAACCUCGCCUGGCGGCAAAGCUUUGGAGUUUAUGACCUCACAGAGAAGAGCCUUAACCAGGAGUAUUUGAACGAUGGCUCCAUCUUUGUGCACAACAAGGACAAGGAUGGUAAACCCCUGCUGAUCCUCACCAUCAACAAGCACUCGAAGAGCCGAAAUCAGGAGGAGCUCCUGCGAGUGAUUGUCUUCUGGAUUGAGCGAUUGCAGCGGGAGAGUAACCUGGAUAAGAUUACCAUUUUCAUGGACAUGACUGGGACCGGUCUGAGCAACUUGGACCUGGACUUCAUCAAGAGUAUUAUCGGAGUGUUCGAGACCAAGUAUCCCUAUGUGCCCAACUACAUACUGGUGCAUGAUUUGCCUUUCCUGCUAAAUGCUGCCUUUAAAAUUGUGAAGACUUUUCUGCCCGCCGAAGCGCUAAAGAUCCUGAAGGUGACCACCAAAAAGGACAUCGAUCAGUAUGUGGACAAGGAUAACUGCCUGAAAAUCUGGGGCGGCAAUGAUGACUACGUUUACAAAUUUGCCUAAAAUAUUGCACCUUCAACUUUGUAUUAUAGUGUAAAUAUUAAUACGAUAUUUAUUGAACACA